GGGAAGGCUUAUUUUCAGUGACGCUGGUGAUGUAAUAGACUGCACGAAGAUGGGAAUGGGAGGGAAGGCCAUACCCCCAAACAUUGAUCGGGUAGGGGAUAUGCAAAGUGAUGCACUGUUCAUACUAUUGGUCGAGAAGGAUGCUGCUUAUAUGAGACUGGCAGAGGACAGGUUUUACAAUCGAUUUCCUUGCAUAAUUGUGACGGCCAAAGGACAGCCAGAUGUAGCCACCAGGCUGUUCUUGAGGAAAAUGAAGAUGGAGUUGAAUUUGCCUGUGCUAGCUUUGGUAGAUAGUGAUCCCUAUGGAUUGAAGAUUCUGUCUGUGUAUGGGUGUGGAUCGAAGAACAUGUCCUAUGACAGUGCAAAUUUGACAACCCCGGAUAUAAAGUGGCUGGGGGUUCGGCCUAGCGAUUUGGACAAGUAUAACAUACCCGCGCUGUGCAGGCUGGAUAUGACGGAACAGGAUAUUAAAACAGGGAAGGAUUUGCUGGAAGAAGACUUUGUAAAGAAGAACCCGGGGUGGGUUGAAGAGUUGAGUUUGAUGGUUAAAUCCAAACACAAGGCCGAGAUUCAGGCUCUGAGCUCCUUUGGCUUUCAGUAUCUAACCGAGGUCUAUUUGCCAUUGAAACUGCAACAGAAAGAUUGGAUCUAAUGAUGCAGACAUGCCUAGUUUAAGUGUAUAAUACAGAUCUCCUCUGUUUUUGACCUGCCUGGGACACACAUAUCAACGGCGUCCUCAAAGGAUUUGAGGUGCAGGAGGGAUGCAGCACGUGACAGC